CAAUAUAGCUCAGAAAUCAGAAUUCAGUGUGAUCAUGCGCAGAAUUGUAUCAGUGUGUUAUUUUUGUUGCGACAACAGACGAAAGUACGACGUUUGCACAAAUUUGCUGUGUGACACGAGGAUGUUGGAGGUUACAUGUAACGACAGGUUGGGUAAGAAAGUCAGAGUAAAAUGCAACUCGGAUGACACUGUCGGUGAUUUAAAAAAACUCAUUGCAGCUCAGACUGGAACAAAAUGGGACAGAAUUGUUCUGAAGAAAUGGUACACAAUUUUCAAAGAUCAUAUAACGCUAGGUGAUUAUGAAAUUCAUGAUGGUAUGAAUCUUGAAUUAUACUAUCACUGAAUCCAUAUUAUCAAUAGAGUCACAGCACACUAUGUCAACUGUGGAACAAUGCUAAGAUAUUCUUUACAAAUACAUCCUCUAUCAAACGAAGUAUUUUGAGUGAGGACAAAUAACUGUACAAAAUACUAUGACAUAAUAAUGGAUUUAAAAACUGAGCAAAUUCGAAAUCAUUCUCUUUUUCAGAAAGUAUAAAAUAGCUUGUACAUAAAUGGCUAGAACAAUUUCCGAUUUGUUCAGGACUUUAGGUUUUUGUAUUAACACCCUGUAUAGCGUAAAUAAAAAUAUAACGUUGUAAUUAACUUAACAAUAAUUUUGUAGCAAAAUGUUAUUAGACCAAUUGCGAAACUUAGU